ACUAGCUUUUCAAGCUGUGCUGUACUACAUUUGGCUCUUACACUCUUACACAUUUGUGUUUGCAAAGCAGCUGGAUCCACAUCUCUGCACAAACCCUCAACAAUGCUUAAGAGAGAAGUCAAGCCAUACUGGAAUCUGUCUGUCAAAAUUUUACAUGCGAAGAUCCAUCGGUCUUAUGACUACGUGUCUGCAUCUGACUGCUAUGUGAUCCUCAACUUACCCACAGCAUCGGUCCUUACAAAUCGCACCAAGACUAUCCCAAAUAGCGACAAUCCUGAAUGGAACGAAACAUUUAAAUUCAGGAUCCACAGCAGUGUCAAGAACAUUCUGGAGAUCUUGCUCUAUGAUGAUGACCUAUUUAUAAGAGAUGACCAGUGUGCCACUAUCUUUUUUGACAUCAACAACCUUACACCUGGGAAAAAGGAGACCAAAUGCUUUAUUGUAAAUGAUUCGACCAAGGAUGAACUGUGGGUAGAGUUUGAGGUCACUAAGAGCUCUGAGACACCAAGGCCAUGUGUAUCUAAUGGAGUAUUGGUGGCAGGUCCUUUUUGUGAGCUGAAUGUGGAGAUAGACAAGCUUCUCAAUGAGUCUGAAGCAACGCAGAACAUGGUGUUAAAACUUAAAGGAGCCUACAAAGAGAACUUUGUGAUCUCAAAUUCUGAGGAAAGCUCCAGCUUCCUGAAAACAUUACGUUACUACAUCAACCGAGACCUGGAAACUGAACUUAAUCUGACCUCUGAGACUGUUGUCAGCACAGAAAAAGCUGGGACAGUAGUAGUUGAUGCUGUUGUUCCAAACCAUGUAGACACUGAAUUUACUUCUUUCCCUUUAAAACCACCACCGGACAAACACCAGCUUACUGUCUCUUUGCCUCUAGGAGUGAAUAAAGUUGAUCUGCAACUGAAAACAGAUGAUCGCUCUGAUAAAGAGCUGGAUGUGCGUCUGGAUUUUGAUAUCCCAGAGGAGGAAAAGAAUUUUCUGGUGAAGAGAAGAAAAGUCGUGUCACAAGCUCUACAGAAAGCUCUGAAUCUCAGCUCUGCACCUGAGCCCAGCGAGGUCCCUUUGAUGGCUGUGGUGUGUUCUGGGGGCGGGAGCAGAGCAUUGACAUGCACGUAUGGUAGCCUUCAAGGUCUUCGGAAGAUCCAACUUCUUGAUGCAGUCAGCCACAUCACAGGGGUUUCAGGUGCCACUUGGGCUUUAACCUCUCUUUAUGAAGACCCUAACUGGUCACAGGGUGGCCUUGAUAAGUCUAUGGAGUCUGUAAAGAAGGAAAUCUCUAAAAAGGUGCUCAGUAUGUUUUCCCUGCAGCAACUACGGGAAUACAAAGAGAAUGUUGAAGAGCGAGAGAAAGAAGGACACCUUGUGUCUCUUAUCGAUAUGUGGGGUCUGGCUUUAGAGUAUCUUUUCCAAGGAAAGAAACGCAUGGGUACACUAUCUGAAAUGCAGAGGACAGUGUCCGACGGCCAGAACCCUCUACCAAUCUUCACAGCUGUCAACCUGAAAAAUGGCAAGACAGAAAGUAUAGUAGAUGCAGAAUGGUGUGAGUUCACCCCAUAUGAGGUUGGGAUUCCCAAAUACGGUGCCUUUAUACCUGCACAAAACUUCGGGAGUGAAUAUUAUCUUGGUCACAUGGUCAAGAAACUUCCUGAGACAAGGUUGUCCUUUCUUGUGGGAAUGUGGAGCAGCAUUUUCUCUGUAAAUCUGACUGAGAUCUGGGGUCUUGCCACAGGAGUCGCCCCCUCCUGGACCCCUUGGUUUGGUAAAGCAGUAAACACAGAGACUGAUAGUAAACCAACAGCACUUGGGACAUACCUGAUCAGUCCUGUGACUGACAUUGCUAAAAUUCUGUGUGGCUUUAUGACCAGCCGCCCAAUUGUCAGCCAGAUGUACAACUUCCUGAGAGGCUUCAACCUGCACAGAAACUACAAUAAGAACACGGGCUUCAUCUCAUGGAAAGACACACACCCAGAUGCCUUUCCCAACACUCUGACACCAACUGAUCCUGUGCUGAGUUUAGUAGAUGCUGGAUUUGCCUUAAAUUCAGGAUUCCCUCCUGUGGUUCGCUCUCACAGACAUGCGGAAGUUAUUCUGUCUCUAAACUACUCCUGGGAACUGGAUCAGUUUAAGGUCAUAAAGCAAACUCAGGAGUACUGCACUGAUCGCAAGAUUCCAUUUCCGAAGAUCGAUUUCGAGAAAGUGGAGUCAGAGCCACUGAAAGAAGUCUAUGUGUUUGAGGAUAAAGAGAAUCCAGAAGCUCCCAUAGUGCUUCACUUUCCCAUGGUCAAUGUCUCAUUCAAACAGUUCAAAGCACCUGGAGUGAAGAGAGAAAGCGAGAAGGAGCGGAAGGAGGGAGCCGUUGAUGUUGAGUAUAACAGUACCUCCUCUCCAUAUCUUACUCAAAACCUGACUUACACACCGGAGGACUUCCAGAAGCUUAUCAACCUCGCGUCCUACAACAUCCAAAACAACAGAGAUGUCAUUUUGAAUGCACUAAAGAAAGCACUUAACCGAAACAGAGAAAGACAGUUGAAGGAGGUGGCAGUAGGAAAGGCCAGUGCAGGCUCUAGACCAAAACCAGAAUCGCAUAAAAGAAAGAAAAAGGCACGAUGAUCUGCAACAGUGUACAGUGCAUUUUAGAACAGAAAGUCUUUCUUCUGCAUAUUUUUUUUUUAUGUUUGUGCAGUAGUCUUAUCUUUUGUCAAUCAUAUUAUGAAAUGAAAAAUAGUUUGCAAUGAUAUACUUACAAAAACAAUGAUAUACUUACAUAUUACUGUAUCUUAUUAUCUACUGUAUUACAUCUACUGUACAUCUCUUUGUCCCAACACAUGCCAGCCAACCCAACAAUCUGUAGUGUACAAAAUGAUUCAUUUCUAAACGGCUAAUCACAGAACUGACAGAACACUCAGGAUUUUAACAAUACUGGGUAGUGAAGACAUACUAAGGUGUUCCACACACAAAAUAUGUUGCAAGUUCUUUUGGCCAAUCUGACUCAUUUACUGGAUAGACUGAAGUUUAUGGCUUUUUUGUUGUUGUUGUUACUGUGAUUCCCUAUUGUUUCACUAUAUGUGUCGUUGGGGUGUGCCAUACAGUAGUUAUACAUUGCAUGUCAUCACCAAAGAGUUUCAGUAACACUGUAGAAUGGAUUAGAAGCCGUCUUUGCAGGGGCAUGGACGAAUGUCACAAACAAAACAGAGCUGUGGGAAGGGAGCGAGGCCGGUAGCAUGAGCAUGCCACACCGGUCUCAAGUCUCUCAGAGGAGCUCUGGAAGGACAAAAGGAGGAGUGGGGACAGUGCAAGACAAGAGAGGAUUUUUAUUGUGUUUCAUUAUGUUUAUAUGCUUUUGUUUUGUUGUUUAUUUUAUGAUUAAAAUUGUAUGUUGAAAGA